GUUAAUUGCGUGUCCCGGUUUCGGGAGGACGAUGGACCUCUUGUCCGACGCAUAUUUUGCGUUCGUGUGGAAAACAUUUCAUGAUCAUGUUGGGACUUUUAACGCCUCCAAAAUGUACUCGGUAUGUUAAAAUAUUUCCCGGCUCAUUCAAGCAGACAAGUAGACACCGACGCCUCUCAAAAUGCUGUCAGUCUAAUGAAUAUAUACGGAGUUUUAUUGCAGAGAACACAGAGACAACUGGAGAGCGGAGCCUGACCCCUGAGAUCAAGCUCAGGCUCUUCACCCCAAACUGCAGAUUUUGGCUAGAAAGACCAGAGCUCUGGCCUUUUGAUGACCCCUACUGGGCAAUAUACUGGCCAGGAGGACAGGCACUCUCAAGGUUUCUCUUGGACAGCCCUGGAUUGUGCCUGGGUAAGACAGUCCUGGAUCUGGGCAGCGGCUGUGGAGCCUCAGCCAUCGCUGCAAAACUAUGUGGUGCUGCUCAUGUUGUUGCUAAUGACAUUGACACUGUUGCAGCUGUUGCUACCCAUAUGAACUCCGAGCUCAACAGCCUGGAGCCACCCGUUUGUGUGACUGACAACAUGAUUGGUUCAGAGCCCGAGGGUUUUGACCUGAUUCUUUUGGGUGACAUGUUCUAUGACGAGGCCCUGGCCACCAGCCUUCACAGCUGGUUGGACCGCUGCAUCAAAACCCACAGCACCAAAGUCCUGAUCGGAGAUCCUGGAAGAGCCCAGUUUGAGGGACACAGCAUCCGAAGGCUCCUGCAUCAGCUGGCUCAGUUUGAGUUGCCUGAGUCUGUCAGAGAGGAAAACUACGGUCUGACCUGCAGCAGUGUUUGGUCCUACCAUCCUGAGCUCUGAGGACUGUGCUUUCUUAAAUGACUGUAAAUUAAUAUUUCUUAUGUAAUUAUUCCUAAAGUGCUCUGUGAUUACUUUGUAGUUAUUUCCUACUUUUCAGGGUCUCUCCGUUUGUGUUUUCUUUUUUAUCUUGUUGUUUUUUAAUUCCCAGGAUGCUGUGUGGCAUUCACAUAGAAAAUAUGACAAAGUAGAACCUUUAUAUACGGAUGUUAAAGCAACAAAGGUUAAAAAAAAAA